CAUUAAUACGUAAAUCAAACGAAUAUUUUUUUUUUUAUCGAAGAAAACAAUAAUAAACUCGUAAGUGGUUCUACAUUAUACACAAUCUUUUACAUACUUUUAAUGAAUGAAAAAUAAACGAAUGGAGGUAAUAAGAAAUAAAAUAUGAAGAAAUUUGUUAGAUUUAUAAAUAAUUAACGGUAAAUUAUUUAAAUGGAUACUUAUAAUUCAAAAAGUAUAAUGAAAGAAGAGGUAUUAAUGGAGAAAAGUGAAAGCGAAGAUUUUCAAAAUGAUAAUACAUCUUUUAAUCAUUUUAAUGAAACUAAAAGAAUUCAUAAAAGGCAUAAAAAGAAAUUAAAUAAAAAUAAUGAAGAUGAACCUGAGUUUUUAAGAGUGAAUAAAGUAAACUCGAAGGAGACAAGUGAAAGCAAGGAUUUUGAAAAUGAUGAUACAUCUUUUAAUCAUUUUAAUGAAACUAAAAGAUUUCAUAAAAAGCAUAAAAAGAAAUUAAGUAUAGAUAAUGAGGAUGAACCUGAGUUUUUAAGAGUGAAGAAAGUAAGAUCAGAAGAGAAAAGUGAAAGCGAAGAUUUUCAAAAUGAUAAUACAUCUUUUAAUCAUUUUAAUGAAACUAAAAGAAUUCAUAAAAGGCAUAAAAAGAAAUUAAAUAAAAAUAAUGAAGAUGAACCUGAGUUUUUAAGAGUGAAUAAAGUAAACUCGAAGGAGACAAGUGAAAGCAAGGAUUUUGAAAAUGAUGAUACAUCUUUUAAUCAUUUUAAUGAAACUAAAAGAUUUCAUAAAAAGCAUAAAAAGAAAUUAAGUAUAGAUAAUGAGGAUGAACCUGAGUUUUUAAGAGUGAAGAAAGUAAGAUCAGAAGAGAAAAGUGAAAGCGAAAUUUUUCAAAAUGAUGAUACAUCUUUUAAUAAUUUUAAUGAAACUGAAAGAAUUCAUAAAAAGCAUAAAAAGAAAUUAAAUAAAAAUAAUGAAGAUGAACCUGAGUUUUUAAAAGUGAAGAAAGUAAACUCGAAGGAGACAAGUGAAAGCAAGGAUUUUGAAAAUGAUGAUACAUCUUUUAAUCAUUUUAAUGAAACUGAAAGAAUUCAUAAAAGACAUAAAAAGAAAUUAAAUAAAAAUAAUGAAGAUGAACCUGAGUUUUCAAGAGUGAAGAAAGUAAAAUCGAAGGAGACAAGUGAAAGCAAGGAUUUAGUAACUGAAUUAGAAAAAGAUAAUGAUUCUACCGAUUUGGAUUCUGAUACAUCAAGCAUAUUAGAAAAUGACACAAUAACAAAGAAAAGAAUAUCUUAUUCAUUUACUCUUGAAAGAUUAAAUGAUAAAUCUUGUAAGAUUGAGGAAUUAGAAAAUGAUUUGGAUUCAUUUAGCGAGAUGGAAGAUACUUUAUCAAGAGAGGAUAGGAUGAAAUUAAAAAAAUUGAACAUUAAAUUGAUACACGAAGUACCAAAACAACAUAUGAUAGGAAGAUUUCCUGGUUCUCGUGGAUUGAACGAUGAUGAAAAAGAAUUAUUUUUAAAGUAUGGGCCGCUUCGUAGAGGAACCUUUUCUGUGGAAGAAGAUAAUAUCAUUAAAGAAAAUUGGAAGAUGUUUUGCAAACUUCACGACUGGAAUGAAGAUAAUGUCAAACCGUUCCUUUCGCCAACUUAUAAUGGAAAAUAUUAUAUACCUUGUACUGAAGAGAGAAAAAAAUUUGUUCAAUUUUUAGCCAAUGGGUUACUUUGGAGACAUGUGUUUAGCGUUUAUCAACGGUUCAAAACUUUGUAUCAGACACAAAUUAAUCAAAGGUAUACUAUAUCUGAAAAUAAAAUAAUAAUGGAUUAUGUAAAGAGAAAAGAAAAGGAAAACUUAAAUAAAAAUAUGAUUUUCUUGAAUUUAUCGAAAAUAUUGAAACGUCGAAGUACGGCAAUUGGGUCGCAUUACGAUUGGCUUACAAAAAGACGUUAUAUUCAAAUUGAAGAUGAUAUUUUUACAAAGCCCAUAUUGACGCUUUCGUUAAUUAAAAGAUUUGUAAAUGAAUUACUUCGAAUAAUGAAAUGUGAUUGUAUAGAAGAAUUAAAAAAUGCUAUUAUCCCAAAGUUUAUUUGGAUUAAAUUAGGAAAAAAAUUAAAUAUAAAUUAUAAAAGGUUGAAAUACAUUUGGGUGUCUCAAUUGCACAUGCAGCUAUUCUGUCCAGAUUUCAUUUAUAUAAAUGAUAUUAAAAUACAAUUAAUAGAAUACAUGUAUAUAAAAGGAAUAUCAAGUAAAAGAGAAAUAAUAUGGUCAGAUAUUAUAAAAUAUUUUGACGGAACGACUAGUUUUUUUCUAAAUCGUAUAUUUGUCGGUCUUAUGAAUGAUUCCGAAAUAAAAGAAUGCGAAAAGAAGAGUUUUAUAGAUGCUAUAGAAUGUUUAUAUGAAAAGAAAAUACCAGAAAUACAAAAUUAUGCAUUAGAUAAGUAUUUACCUCGAAUUAAAUAUACUAUCGACGAUAGUAUAUAGAUGUGACUUCAAAUGUAUAUAAGAUAACUUUUAUCCUUAUUUGUAUUUCUUAUAUAUAUAUAUAUA